AUGGGCUACAUACUCUUCUCCAUCACGUUUAUGUUCCUCAUAUUGGUGACGGUUCUCAUCUACACACGGUCACAGUGGCAGCACCUCGUUCCUGACAUCCACAUCCGGUUCCCCGGGCGCGACUACCUCUACAGCCGGCUCCCGAGCUCUUUUGCCGGUGACAUAGAAGCCGGGCUGUCCAGCAACACGUUCGACCUGUCAGGAAAUGUUGAGGGCGGCGAUAGUCGCGCGGGGCUCGAUGAUGCGAGCAAGGCUGAGAUUCUCAAGAUCAUGAAGAAGCGCCGGUUGAAGUUCGACGAUGCCCGCAAAAUGUAUAUGGAACAGCGGUUCCGCGACAACGGCAUCGAUGCGGAUGGGCGACCGAGAGAUCCCAAGUUCGUGAGCUUCUCAUGA